AUGCACUCUUCCUAUGUACGACCCACUGAAGAUAUAUUUAACGCUGACGACCCUCGAAUCAAAGAGGAUAUCAUUGGAAUUGUUAUGCAAUAUCUAGCAGAUGAAGGAUAUCAUGCCUCGCAAGCUGUUCUGUAUGAUGAAACUAACGUCAAAUGGAAGGAACGCGAGGAACGAUCAAUUGAGAUCAAACGGUUAAAAAAGUCAAUCCUCGACGGAGAUUGGCAAGAAGUGGAAAAAUUAUGCACGAAGCCUGUGGUGAAAAAUCAUCGCUCCUUUUUAUACUCAAUAUACAAGCAGCAAUACCUGGAAUAUAUCGAAAGGCGCGAAAUCCAGAAGGCAUUCACAUUUCUAAAUAAGCGAUUAAAGCCUUUGGAGCACCUGCAAACGAAACCUAAUGAGUUCAAAGAUCUAUGCUAUCUGCUUACAGCAAAAUCCAUCCAUGAAGCACCAAGUUUUAGGAAUUGGGAAGGAAUCAUGGGUGCUAGAGAAAAUUUAGUUGACCAGCUGCAAAGCAUGCUUGAUUUCGAAACAGCAGAUCGUAAUGGCAACCGUUAUAUACCACCCGAUCGAUUAUUGACAUUAUUGCGACAAGCGGUAGCAUAUCAGAUCGAGUUCUCGCGUUACCAUCCCAAAGUAGCACCAGCCGUUAACUCUUUACUAGAAAAUUAUACAAGUUUUGUCAUUCCUAAUGCUGCAAGACGUACCUUGACAGGCCACCGCCGAAACGUCAAGUGUGUUGAAUUCAUUGGCGAAGAAGGAAGAGAAUUAGUAUCUGGAUCUAGUGACAACACAUUACGGAUAUGGGGUACAGAAACUGGAGAAUGCCAUGCUAUCCUUGAAGGACAUCAUUCAAGAAUCUGGGAUGUAUCAACAACAGCGCAAGGAGGAUCAUUAGCUAGUGCCAGUGGAGACGGGACAGUAAAGAUCUGGAAUCUAAAGGAUACGCUUCCUUUGUGUGCGACGACUUUAACUGGUCAUUCGGGAGAUGUUUAUUCUACACGAUAUCAUCCUAAUGAGAGCCACAUUGUUACAGGUGGCUAUGAUAAAACUGUGCGACUGUUUGACAUAACCACAGGAGCAACCGUCAAAACUUUCUCUGGUCAUCAGCUAGCAGUAACAAAGACGAUCUUCAACCCUCUUGGUAACUUGGUAGUAAGCGGCUCCAAGGAUAACACCAUCAAAUUUUGGGAUAUUGUAUCUGGUCUCUGCAUUCGUACUAUAUCAUCCCAUUUGGGUGAAGUGACUUCGGUAGAAAUGAAUUCAAGUGGUACAUAUCUUCUAAGUAGUUCCAAAGACAACUCGAACCGACUAUGGGAUGUACGAAUGGUACGUCCCAUACAAAAGCUCAAAGGUCACCAAAACACGUCCAAGAACUUUAUUCGCGCUACUUUUGCUGAUAAUAAUUUAAUUGUUGGUGGAUCAGAGGAUGGCGUAGUCUAUAUUUGGGAUCAGGACACUGGUGAAGUUUUACAAAAGCUUCGAGGACAUAACGGAGUCGUUUAUGAAGCAGCUUGGAACGCAAAGCAGGGGAUGCUUGCAAGUUGUAGUGAUGAUCAAACCGUUAAAAUGUGGUACUACGAUGAAAAGGUCGGUAUAACAAAAAAAAAAAAGACGACAACCUGUUUAGCUCUUAUUAUUUACACUGCUCUUUUUCUGUCUCCCGUAAUAGAUGCCGUUGGACACUUGAAACAAAAAUUAUAUACUUAA